CCUCCUCCCGAUCUCUCUCUUCCUCUCCCUCUGACUCCCAAUUUCUGUGGCGGCUCUCUCUCAGAUUUGGAUCGAGCUCUUCCCAGCUAAUUAUUGAAUUCCAAGUUUUAUCCCCGUCAGUUUCCUCGAUUCGAUCUGCUUCUUGCUGAUCUUUAAUCGGUGGUCUUUUAAGAACCGCCAUGGUGGCUGGCGCGCAGCAGCAGCAGCAGCAUCAACCACAACCUCAAUCGCAGCAAGAGACUCAGCAAACUACGACCUCUGCGCAAGAUGAGGCCUUAAAGAGGAACACGGAUUGCGUCUACUUUCUUGCCUCCCCCUUGACAUGCAAAAAGGGAAGUGAAUGUGAGUAUCGCCAUAGCGAGUAUGCUCGGGUUAAUCCCCGAGAUUGUUGGUAUUGGUUGAACGGUAAUUGCUUGAAUCCCAAAUGUUCCUUCCGUCAUCCGCCUCUUGAUAGCUUCUUAUCACCACAGGCAGCCACUGCUGGUGGAUCAUCUGCACCCCCACCACAGACUGCACCAACUUCUGUACCACACGCACCUUAUAAUUCUACAAAGCAAGCUGUCCCUUGCAUUUUCUUCCAGAAAGGGCUUUGCUUAAAAGGUGACCGAUGUGCUUUUUUGCAUGGACCAAAUCCUAACACCAGCAGUAAAGUUCCUCAGGUUCAGGCGACAAACCAGGUUACUGAGCCUCCAAGUUUUAAGAAGGUUUUUAGUGGCCCAGAAAAGUCAACACAAGAAAGGAAAAUUUCCCAGGCAAACUUUACAAAGCCAGUUACAGGUGUUGAAGCUAAGCCUGCCCAAAAUGUUGGAACUGCUUCGCAUAGAAAUGUGGUUGCUGUAGAGAGGCAUGCACCACCACCAAUGGGAUUUGAUAAUGAGGCAUCUAGAUUUAAGGUAGUAAGUACUCCGCCUGUCACCAAUGGAACCACUGUUGCCAGGCCAAACCGUGCAUAUCAAUCUCAUGUAACGGAUGAUCAUAGUUUCCACAAUGGCAAGGAAAGUGAUGAGUUUUUGAGAGAAUCCUCACCUGGCUUUGAUGUACUUGUUGCUGAUGAGCUGAGGAAUUCAGAUUACUAUGAUGGAGAAGACCAAUUUGGAAAAGCAAGAGGUCAAGAUGGGAUGAACUUGGACUCUGUGAAUGAAUAUGAUUUAGGACAUUCUGUAGAUUAUAAAUCUGUAGCUGAUAUUGACCAAGACAGAUAUUGUGGACCACAAGGUUAUGAUUCAUACGAUCACAUGCAAGAGACAUAUGCGUGGGAUCAGCGCAGGAAUUCAUCAGAAAGAAUAUUCCGGGCAACAACACAUUUAGAUAGGAUGACUCAUCGCAGAUCUGGCAGUCCUGAAAAUGUGGGGGUUUCAGAUCUUCGACAUCGUUUAUCUAAGCGCAGGAGGGUCAAUGGUUUGAAAUCUGUUGUGAGUCAUGAUUUUGCGCAUCAGAGCCAUGAUGAUGAGCAAAGUCACCGGUUCUCUUCUCAGAAGGAUGUUCACCAGUUACCUCGGAAAGAAAGUGCUCUCAGUAAUCGCUUCCGAGGCAGGAUAAAGCUUCCAGCAGAUGGUGGGGAUGAAUAUGUGGAGAGGGAAUCAGACAGGGGAAGAAAUAGAAGCACGUUGUCACCUGGAACCAUGCAGACUCCUCAAGCAGGUAAGUUCCGAGAUAGACUGAGAGGAAGGGUGCAAGAAGAUUUUGAGAGGAAAAACUUCAUGGAUCGCCCUAUAAGGAAAGAAAUAAGUGGGGACGAACAUGCUGAUUUUGAUGGACCAAAAAGUCUUGCUGAACUGCGAAAUGGAAAGAAUAAUCGGAACAAGGAGCAUCAGUUGCUUGGGAAGAGAAAAAGUUUAAAGGAACAACAACAAUCCGAAGAUGAUUUCAUGCUUGAAGGUCCAAAACCUCUUAGUGAGAUUUUGAAGGAGAAGAGAGCAGCUAGAGUUGAAGCAGCUUCCAAGAGUGGCAAGUCGUCUGAGAAUAGAGGAGACAAUAAAGACAGAGAAGUUACUAAUGGCUCGGAAUACACCUCUGUCAUGGAUGCACGAAAUGGCACUUUUCCUGCAAAUAAGGAAGAUGUUAAGAACGAGGAAUCCAAGUUUGAGGCAACCGAGAACACGGUUGAAGAAGGAACGAUGGACAACGAAGUGAUAGAAGACCAGGAGUUUGAAGGAGAUGAUCAGAAGGAUGGUGAUUAUUACUAUGAGCAAGUUGACGAGGGAGACUACAAUUAUGAUGAAGGCGAAAAUCCAGAGCAGGAAGAAUACAUGGAUGAUGAGGAGGAUGGGGAUGACUUUGCUAAGAAGAUUGGUGUCAUGCUCACAUGAUUACACAGGGUCAAAGUGGAACAUGAACAUCUACUCUUUCAUGAGCAUGUUACAGCGGACCUCCAAAGGUUAUCAAGUUGUCUAACUGUGCUGUAUUUCUGCCUAAAAUUUGUUUGUAGAAUUGGGGGAUAUUUAAAUUCGUUUUUUCCGUAUCAAUUAUCCCUUUACUGUAUUUGCAUCUCUGAUUGAAUGAAGAUUUUUAUAUUUGUAGUGGGGGCAUUUUGCUGUACUCUUCGCAUACAAGUGUUAUGCAGAGUUUAAGGCCUGCAACGUUAGGAAGUUAAUAACAAAGUCGUCUUUGCUCUUCAGCUUCAA